GGCUGUUUCGCCGGCAAGCCACUCUUUUUUGGUGGUGCUGGCAUGGGCCUCCGGCCGGGUGCCAUGGCCAAAGAAAGCGCUGCAUGGAUGUGUCAGUGCCGUGUCACGCACAAUUAUUUUCUACGGAGGGCCAACAUGCACUUCAUCUACUCCGGGGAUGAUGCUGCGUUUCUGGAGGAGCACCGAGAAGAGCUGAAGCUCCUCGGCUGCUCAGAGGAAGAAGUGCUGAAAGAGCUUCGAAGGCAGCGCCAGGAGAGGCUUAAAGCUCCGGAGGAAACACUGGUGCGAUUCGAACGGAUCCAGAAGGAGUAUCAAAAGCUGCAUCCGGCAGUCUACAAAUUGGACACGUCCUUCUUGCAUCCAGAUUUCUGCGAGUUAGUGGCAGAGCUGCGCAAGCCGCACUCCGCCUCUGCCAUAGCCAGCUUCAAGUCACGGAAGCUUUUGGAGGAACUUCGACCAGGCCUGUGGACGUUCCCAGUGUUCAGUGAGGCGUUCUGUGAUCUUAUUGAAGCAGAGCUGAGCAAUUUCAACGCCUCGGGCUUACCCCGAACCGCACCAAAUACCAUGAACCGCUUCGGGGUGAUCAUGUCCGAGCUGGGCUUUUGCGAGGGCCUUUUGGACCCGCUGGUCUUCGAGUAUGUCAAUGUAAUGGCAGGUCGCUUGUUGUCCGCGUUCUGUGAGACCCUCGACUCCUACCGUGCCUUCACGGUGCUGUACGAGGCGAAGGAGGCAAGUGACAAGGAGUUGGCCACGCACUACGACAAUGCUGAGGUGACCCUGAACAUCAACAUUGGUGGCACCUGGCAGGGCGGCAACGUGGUUUUUUACGGCUUGGCCACUGCUAACGAGCGGCCGCCCACGGAAGUGGUCCUACGGCGGGGCCAUGGAGUCUUCCAUGCGGGGUUGGAGCUUCAUCGAGCCACCCCCAUCUCGCAGGGGCGCCGACACAACCUCAUCCUUUGGUGCCGGUCCAGCGGCAUUCGGAACGACCUGUGCCCCAUGUGCUUCCGCCAGCCCAGCGUGGUGCCCACCAACACGUUCCACCACGAGGGCUUCACCGUCCCACCUUGUGAGACGGGCGAUUUGGUGCGGGACAUGUCCACUGACGACAUCUACGACUGAGGCAAAAGGUCACCGGCCUGAGACGGGUGUAGCCGGACUGGUGGGCUGGCUGGGGCAGACUUGCCACGAUGUGUACAGGCAUGUACAGGCACUUUUCAGCACAUUUCAGGGAUCUCUGGAUCAGCCCUUUGAAAGGUCC